GACCUUACAUUAUAUUUUUAGUCUAAUUAUAAUUGUUUAUCAUCUGGAAAUACAUAACGACAUUGUUUAAGAAGAGAAAGUACUCCUGAAAAUAUAUUUAAGAGUAUUAUUGCAAUUUUAGUUUAAAUGAUCAAUGUGAGUUUGGCGGGAGUAUUUAAAAUUCAUAUCGUAUGGUUAAACAAGUUUAACGGGUUAGCGACCUGGCGAACCGAAGAUUUUCAACGAUCGGUGUGCGUCGACGAUGUUGUUGGUUUGUAACAGUUAACCGCGCUUCGUGGUGCAAAGCGGUCGCGAUGAUACUCCUAGUGGCCGCUAUUUUAGCGGCAUUUUGUGCCGUUUGGUGGUUUCUCGGUUUCUUUGCAACAUGCGGUGUUGGUCUCGGUCUAGGUAUUUUGUAUGCCGUAAUAUUCCAUACAAGAUGGUGCUACGUAGCACUAGUGACCGUUCCAAGGGAUCUCAGAGCAUUAAUCUGUUACUUCAAGAUAUUGCUACUCACUUGGCAGCUGACAAGGAAGAAUUGGACUUUGCCUGAUAUAUUUCAUUUUGUAGUCCAGAGACAUCCGGAAAAACCCUGUUUUGUAUUUCAAGAUGAAACUUGGUCAUUUAAAGAGGUUGAAGAUUUUAGUUUACGUGUGUCAGCGGUACUAAAAGCCAAUGGUGUUAAGAAAGGAAAUGUUGUGGGUCUGUUGGUUAACAAUUGCCCGCAGUUGCCAGCAUUAUGGCUGGGUAACGCAAGACUGGGUGGUAUAACACCACUUAUUAAUACCAAUCAGAGAGGAAAUGCGUUGAUACAUUCAAUCAAUGUUGCCAAAUGUGAUGUGUUAAUAUUUUCCGAAGAAUUCCAAGCAGCCAUACAAGACAUAGCCAGUGAGCUUGGUUCCUCAAUUAAAUUAUUUAAAUUCACACAUCGGCCGUUGAACCCAUCGCAAUCAGCUGAUGGUAGCGGCGACAGUAUCAGAGAUUUUACAGCCAUGUUGGAGACUACACCCCCAGCUCCUUGGAGUUUGGCAGAUGGAGACGGAUUCCAUGGAAAAUUGUUAUAUAUCUACACCUCUGGUACCACAGGUCUUCCGAAAGCAGCUGUUAUUUCUAAUUCUAGGUUUGUGUUCAUGGCGUCAGCGAUACAUCACAUGAGGCUUCAGUCCUCGGACACGAUAUACUGUCCACUGCCGCUGUACCACACCGCGGGCGGCGUCAUCAGUGUGGGCCAGGCGAUGCUGUUUGGAUGCACGGUCAUUCUCAAGAGCAAAUUCUCUGCGUCACAAUUUUUCCCAGACUGCGCGAAAUAUAAUGCUACGGUGGCGCACUACAUCGGCGAGAUGUGCCGCUACGUGCUGGCCACGCCCCCCUCGCCCGCGGACACGCAGCACAACGUGCGCGUCAUCUUCGGCAACGGACUGAGGCCACAGAUCUGGAACGAUUUCCUCAAGCGAUUUAAUAUCAAACAUGUGGUCGAGUUUUACGGAGCUACAGAAGGCAAUGCUAACAUAGCCAACACGGACGGUACCCCCGGCGCUAUCGGGUUCGUGUCCCGCAUCCUGCCCAGUAUCUACCCCAUAGCUAUCAUCAAAGUGGACCAGGAGACAGGGGAGCCCAUUCGGGACUCGCGGGGACUCUGCCAAGUGGCGGCUCCGGACGAGCCGGGCGUGUUCAUCGGCAAGAUAUCUCCCAACAACCCGACGCGGGAGUACCUCGGCUACGUCGACAAGUCCGCCUCCGACAAGAAGGUCGUUAGAGACGUCUUCAAGUACGGAGACUCCGCAUUCAUAUCUGGAGACAUCCUGGUGGCGGACGAGCUGGGCUACCUGUACUUCCGCGACCGCACGGGGGACACGUUCCGUUGGCGCGGAGAGAACGUCAGCACCACCGAGGUGGAGGCCGCCAUCUCCAGGGUCGCGGACCACAGGGAUGCUGUCGUUUAUGGAGUCCUGGUACCGAACACAGAAGGUCGCGCCGGCAUGUGCGGCAUCGUGGACGGCGACGGGUCGCUGCAGCUGAGCCGGCUGGCGCGGGACCUGGCGCAGCACCUGCCCGCGUACGCCCGCCCCGUCUUCAUACGCGUUAUGAGCGCCGUCGAUAUGACCGGUACAUUUAAAAUGAAGAAAAUCGACCUACAAAAGGAGGGCUUUGAUCCCAGUUUGGUAAAGAAUGAUAAAUUAUACUAUUUAGAUAUGAAACAAGGGGACUACCUGCCGCUCGGCAAGGACGAGUAUGAGAAAAUAGUAAAUGGAAAAAUAAGACUGUAAAGAGAUAGUCUCAAGUAAUAAUGAAAAAUCAGGAAGCCCGACUGAUUGCUCCCUUGUUAAGGGAAAGCAAAUUGAAUAAAAAAAAAUAUUAACACUUUAAAAUCGGACAUAGUGUUUAAAGUAUUAAUGGUCAUAAAAUACAUAACAUUCAAUUUAAACAUAAUUAAAAAAAACUUUAUUAAUAAUGUGAAAAAAAAGAGUUUAAAAACAAAACAAUCCUCUAGAUCUUCUAGAACAUUCUAUUGAUGAAAAUAUGAUAGUAGUAUUUGAGUCCCGUAUAAACAAAAUAUUUUCUUUUUAAAUACAAUAUUUGUAAAACUAACCUUUGAUUUUUGUAUCAAAACGGGACUAAAAAAAUUCUAUCUAAUUCAAAACAUCGUUUAUUAAAACAAUAAGAAGCGGUAGAUUAUAUGUUUAUACUAGCUGUUGUCCGCGACUUCGUCUACGCAAUAU